AUGUCGGAAUCUGAAACCCCGCGCCGUGAAAUUCCUGGAGGCAAGGUUCCGAGAAAUAUUCUGCCGUCUAUUGCGGAACAAAAAACAGCCCAGGACCUACGCGACCAGCAACGAAGAAUGGCUCGAGAAUUGUGCUGUCUUCUCGAUCGCCGUGAAUUAAUUUUCGGCAAAUUGUUGCGGAUUGAAGAUUCCCUCAAGGCUGAACCCGUGAGCAUCCAUUUGCUCAAGCUGCACCUGGAGACACUGAGGAAAUGUGAGGAGGAAUUUGACAAGGUCCACGUGGAAAUCGUCGCCAACAAGCCAAGGGAUGAGCGAGACGAUGAAAAGGACAAAUAUCUGCGAUUCGAGUCUCUCCACAACCAACUUUACGUUGCGCUACAAACCAACAUCGAUCGUCUCACACCCGCUCUCCCAUCGACCAGCAGUGAAAUGGCACGACCAGUUCCCCCGCAACAUAUCUACGUGCAAGCUGCCGCUCCACAAUUACACGCUCCGUUUCCGGUCUUCGAUGGCAACCCGGAGAACUGGUUCAGCUUCAAAAGCCUCUUCCAGAGCAUCAUGCAGCGCUACGCCAACGAGACUCCCGCCAUGAAAAUCCUUCAUCUCCGAAACGCGUUGUUAGGCGACGCCAAGGACAAAAUCGACCAAGAUGUCAUAAACACCAACGAUUAUGACUUGGCGUGGAAGAUUUUAGAAAACGCCUACGAAGACCGACGACUGAUUUUGGAUACACACAUUGACGCCAUAUUGGAUUGUCCGAAAGUCACCAACGAACAUCGAGGAAACAGUAUUACAAAGCUGGUCGAAACAUGCACCAAACACGUUGAUGCUCUUCGUGGUCAUGGUUUCCCAGUAGAAGGGUUAGCUGAGCUUCUCAUCGUCAAUGUGCUGUACAAGAAACUCGACAAAGAAACCAAAGAGCAGUGGGAAACGAAACUUCUGAGAAACGAGCUACCUGAAUUUCAAGAAUUCAUCGACUUCCUGCGGGAGAGAGGACGAGUUCUACUGCGCACAAGUCGCUCCGAGCAGCCAGCAAGGCAGCAGUCAACAUUUCCUGCUAGACGCCCAACAUACGGUUUGAAACCAGCUGCAAGAUCAUUCUUCCAGAUGGCGAAGCAGUCGUGUUCCUGCUGCAAGGAAGAUCACUCCAUCUACCGGUGCCCCAAAUUCCAACAAAUGAAUUUGCCGGACAGGAAGGCUGUCGUCUCAAGGGCCAGUCUUUGUUUCAACUGCUUGCGAGCACUUCAUCAAGUCAGUGAGUGUCCGUCCGAGCAAGGGUGCAAGGUGGAAGGAUGCAAUCGAAAGCACCACAGUUUCUUGCAUCCCACCAACCCAACCAGUAGCGCAAAGAUGGAAGCUGAUGGUGCUGCUGAAACGCCAACAACAUCGAAGUACACCACUGCAACAAUGUGUGCUCACUUGGGAGCAGCCACUAAGCAGGUGCUACUAUCGACAGCGCAAGUGCUAAUUGUCGGGAAGAAUGGCUCCACUGUUAAGUGUCGAGCGCUUCUUGACUCCGGAUCCGACAGUCACAUCAUCAGUGAGAGUUUGGCCUCCAAGCUUAUGAUCAACAUGCGACCAGUUGAACUUCCGGUUAGUGGACUCAACGACACUCAGACCCGUGUGAAUUAUACUCUCUCGACACGCAUCAAAUCAUGUGCCAAUGACUUUUCCACCUCUGAGCUGGAAUUUUUGGUUGUGCCAUCUGUGUCUGCCAACCUACCCCUAUGCGAAGUAGAUACACGAACAUUAGAAAUUCCGACCGGUCUUACAUUGGCAGAUCCAGCUUUCUAUGUCCCUGAUCCGGUUGACAUGAUCAUUGGUAACGAAAUCUUCUUCGACUUGGUACGAGAUGGUAGAUUGAAAAUGAACAACAGCAGCCUCACCCUAGCAGAAACAGAAUUGGGCUGGGUGAUGUCAGGUUCUGUUCAGCCUAGGAAACCCAAACCUCUUCCACGUGUGUGUCAAUUCAACCAUAAACAGGCCGAACUUUAUGCUACUUUGAAAUCACCGUGGAAAGUUUCAUCGCGACUUGCCGAUUCUUGUGAAAAAACAGAGCCUGCUUAUAACGUUGGUUGGAAAGCAGUGGCGACUUGGAAGCAUCGUGACUUUUCAUCCAGGCGAAGACAACAUCAACGGUGCUGCUCAAAUAGCCGUACUUCCUUCGGUUGA